GUGUCCUGCUCUCCARGACCCCUGAGUACAUGGGAGUGCUUUGGGGGUGUCCUGAACCUUGGGGUCCGUCCCAGCUCUCCUCUCCUUGCCGUGUCCCCAGGUGGGUGACAUGGAGCCGGAGCUGGGCGCUGCUGACCCUUGGAUCGGGGUGGUGCCCAUGGGCACUGAGGAGCCGGCCGAGGGCCCCCGGGGUGCCAAGGAGGAAUCCUUCACCRCUGCCGUUGUCACCAAGAUGAAGCGAGCCCUGGUGCUGGGSGCCUCAGCCCUGCUCAUCCUGGCGCUGAACCAGAACGCCAUCCGUGAGCUGGAUGUGUCCCAGCUGCUCGCCAAGCCCGUCAUCAUCAUCCAGUCCUCAGACAACGUCACCAGGCUGCUGGGAGCACUCCUGCGUGGGCUCCGGGCUACAGCAAAGAUCACGUACCAGGCGGUGCUGCUGGAGAACCUGGGAGUGACGCUCACGCUGUGGUCCACCUGCGGCCUGUCCCGAGGGGGCCUCUAUGGCGAGUGGCAGGGGGUCAUCUGCCCCGGGGAGAGCAGCUCACAGGUCCAGAAGUACCUGCAGCAGCUGUGGAACACCAUCCUGCUGAUCGCCCUGCUGCUCUGCACCGGUGUGAUGGUGCAAGCCCAGCGCCAGUCACGGCAGGACCUGUCGGAGCGGGAUGCCGAGCUGGACCUGAAGCAGCACAUACGGCGGCGGCUGUCGACCCUGAAAACACGGCGCUACCAUCCCGGGAAGCCACCGCGGAGCCGGGCCUGUGAGAUCGAUAGCUGUGCUGUCUGCCUGGACCAGUUCCACAAGAGCCAGUGGCUGCGGGUGCUGCCCUGCUCCCACGAGUUCCACCGGGACUGUGUGGAUCCCUGGCUCCUGCUGCAGCAGACCUGCCCUCUCUGCAARCGCAACAUCCUGGGGAACUGCUGCACAGACAGCUAGCUGGCCAGAGGACACACUCCAGGGACAGACCCACCGCCGCUCCGGGGACAGGGAGGGGGGGCAGGGCGUGCCUGGCGAGCGGUGCUUGCUGCUGGAGCGGGGUUGGCAUGGCUGUGCCCGGCACAGUGCCCGGACAUCGGAGAGGAAAGGACUCAGGGCUCUCCUGCGGGUGUGAGUAGAGGGGUGGGGGGUCCAGAUGGGCAGUGCUGGGGAGGGAAGAUAUGGGGCACCCAUGGGUGUAACAGGGAUGUAACAGGGUAGGGGCUGGGGGCAGGGAGAGCCCUGGCCCCGCWAUGCUCUUGCCCUGCUCACAGCAAUUUUUCUAAGUCUUGGGUUUUUGUCUAUUUGCUGGUGGCUGUGGCUGGGUGGUCAGAGCCCGGCAGCAGUGCCAGCCCCUGUGGGAGGUGGGUGACAGCCCUGCCAGGGCUGGGGCUGCGGGGUGACCCACGGCCUCACUAUGGGAGGGCAGGGGGUCGGACACUUUAUUUAUAAUAACUUAUUAGAAAGGAUGGCACGAGUCAGCUGCAGAGCCAACACAGGGCUUGGCUCACCCAGCACGGUGACUGGGGACACACUGUGAGCCCUGCCUGGGUCCUGCCCCACGGGCUGCAGCAUGGCACGUGUCCAUCCCUAUUAAAACAUGGAGCAAGGACUGUCUGUGUGGUUUAUG